UUAGAAGACAGGGCGGGUAUGGAGACUGAUGAUCCGCUGUGGCGACCCCUAACGGAAGAAGAAGAAAUUUUGCUGCGCCCUCUUAUGGCUGGUUUGGAUUAGGUGCAAUGAUCUACUGGGACCAUAAAAUAAUGCAGCGCCCUCUUGUGGCUGCUUUACUGAAGCGGGAACCCAUACUGACAGGGACUGCUAACGACAGUAGUGAACUGAAUUGCCGGUGUGUUGCUCAAGGACAGCACGGGCUCACAUCCGACAUAGAAUUAACUUUUCCCACCCAAAAUUAUGUUUGCUACAACAUAGACAUUUUCGACGGUUUGUAGUGAGUGUGGUGUGAAGGUGCGAGAAUGGACAUCAACAUGGUCCUGGGAGGUCAGGACAGUGUACUGUUGGCUAGCAGUCCUGACCAGGCAGUCAGCCGUCUUAAACCUCCCUGUGAUGAGCAGGAUCGAAGUUGUAGCCCUUCUGUCCUGCACUCUGUGACCAGCACAUGGAAGGAUGGCCUACUAAACCGCAAACGGCCAUUUGUGGGAAGAUGCUGUCACUCUUGCACUCCCCAGAGUCAGGGGAGACUUUUUAACUCCAGCAUCCCCUCUUUAGGACUUCGCAAUAUAAUUUACAUCAAUGAGACCCACACAAGACAUAGAGGCUGGCUCGCCAGGAGGCUCAGCUAUGUGCUCUUUGUUUUGGAGAGAGAUGUCCACAAAGACAUGUUUGCCCGCAAUGUGGUAGACAAUGUCCUCAACAACACCAGGGUGCAGAGUGCUAUAGAGGAGGUGGCGUCGGAGGCAAAAACGGACCAGAAUGCUGCAAGUAAAGUGAGGCAGAAGGCCAGAGGCUUUCUGCAAGAAAUGGUGGCCAACAUAUCACCUAGCCUCAUACGGUUGACUGGAUGGACAUUGCUGAAAUUGUUUAAUGGGUUCUUCUGGAGCAUUCAGAUCCACAAAGGUCAGCUGGAGAUGGUGAAGAAAGCUGCAACUGAGUACAAUGUUCCGCUGGUCUUCCUGCCUGUGCACAAAUCUCACAUUGACUACCUUCUCAUCACCUUCAUCCUUUUCUGUCACAACAUCAAAGCCCCGCACAUUGCCGCCGGCAACAAUCUCAACAUCCCUAUUUUCAGCACAUUGAUUCGCAAACUGGGAGGAUUCUUUAUUCGCCGUAAAAUGGAUGAGACCUCAGAUGGAAAGAAAGAUGUUCUUUAUAGAGCUCUGUUACAUGCGUACACAGAGGAGUUGUUGCAGCAGCAGCAGUUUUUGGAGGUUUAUUUAGAGGGCACACGUUCUCGCAGUGGAAAGCAAUCUCCUGCACGUGCUGGUAUACUGUCCAUUGUGGUGGACACCCUGUGUGCCGGGGCCAUUCCGGAUGUGCUCAUCGUGCCCAUUGGCAUCUCCUACGACCGCAUUAUUGAGGGCAACUACAACAGUGAGCAGCUGGGAAAGCCGAAGAAGAAUGAGAGCCUGUGGGGAGUGGCCUGUGGUGUGUGGAGAAUGCUCCGUAAGAAUUACGGCUGUGUACGUGUGGACUUCACUCAGCCUUUCUCUCUCAAGGAGUAUCUUGACACACAGCGAAGUCGAAAUCUCCCAGCCCCACUGACUCUGGAGCAGAUCCUCAUCCCAACCAUCAUUGCAGCUCGGCCAGAUGAGGCUGUGUUUAAUCGCGAGGAAGAAGAACACCCGGAUUCCAGAGCGCUGUCUGACGAGCCUUGGAGAAGGCAGGUCAUCUCUAACCUGGCCAGGCACAUUCUCUUCACUGCCAAUAAGUCCUCAGCAAUCAUGUCUACUCAUAUUGUAGCCUGUCUCCUGCUGUACAGACACAGACAGGGUGUGUUGUUGUCCAAGCUGGUGGAGGACUUUUUCAACAUGAAGGAAGAGAUCCUUUCACGGGACUUUGACCUGGGUUUCUCAGGGAAUUCUGAGGAUGUGGUUAUGCAUGCGCUCAACCUGCUAGGAAACUGUGUGAAUGUGACCAGCACAAACAAGAACACCGAGUUCAUCAUUGCCCCAAGCAACACUGUACCAGCACUCUUUGAGCUCAAUUUCUACAGCAACGGUCUCUUUCAUGUCUUCAUUGCAGAUGCCAUAAUAGCCUGCAGUGCUCUGGCCAUGAUGAGAGAGCAGGUCACACAGGGUGAACUUAGCACCUCAUCCACUCUCCUCAGCCAAGAGAGACUCAUCUGUCGAGCAGCAGGGCUUUCCCACUUCCUCUCCAAUGAGGUUAUUGUCACCCAGCCUUGUCAGACUGUCUACCAGGUCUUCCAUGAUGCCGUGACUAGACUGAUCCAGUAUGGAGUGCUGAUUGUUGCUGAUGUGGAUCAGGAGGAGCUGAGCCCUUCAGAGGAGCCCUGGCCUAAGAAGUUCCCAGAGCCUUUGUCCUGGAGGAGCGAUGAGGAGGAUGAGGACAGUGACUUUGGGGAGGAGCAAAGGGACCGGUAUUUGAAGGUGAGCCAGUCCUCUGAACACCAGGAGUAUUUCACCUUUAUGCAGCGAGUGCUAAGCCCAGUGCUGGAAGCCUACCUUGGAGCGGGCAUUUUUAUACACCACCUUCUCUCACCCAUGACUGAGAGAGAGUACACACAGAAGCUCUUCAAAUACUUGCUCACACGCACCGAGAAAGGGGUGGCAGCCUAUGGAGAGAGUGCUACACAUUACCUCGUGAAAAAUACAGUCAAAACAUUUAAAGAACUGGGGGUGCUGAAGGAGCGCUGUGAGAAUGGUGUGUGUCGUCUGGAGCUGAGCCCUACGUUCCAAACUCAGGCCAACAGGAACAAGCUCCUGCAGUACAUCCUGGGAUUUAGCCUGCUGUGAGCCAUAAGAUUAAUUUCUGUGUUUCGCACAAGGGCUUCUACAGGCUACAAUAACUAUCAAAGGUGCUACUCUAUGGAAGAAUUACCUAGAAGUGCCUUCAGCAAACACCUAGACCUUGGUCAAGCCACACUUGCGCAUUUAUUUUUUUUUCCUCUCCACACCGAUGACAAAAGGUGGACAUGCAGCUAUUGCACGAUUAUUGCUGUUGUCUGAUUUUCUGAUUUAUUUUAAACAUUAGGUUUUGUCUUUUUACGUUAACUCACUUAGGUACGGUAAUUACUCACUUUCUAUAUAUAAGUUGCCUUCAGAUUAGACCAGCAUAAUUCUAGGGUAUCUGGUGUUGAUCGUUAUUUUAAGGGCAUUAAACUGACUAAAGUUACUGGGAAGCCUGUGUGUAGCGCUUGUCUUUCACAGACUGUCCUGUGAAUGUAAAGAAAUAUCUUAACCAUAACACAAUUUUUGUUUAAUCCUUGCAAAAAAAUAAUAAUAAAAAGAAAAUUCACCUGAACUGUUACUCUAUCCUACACUUAUUAGAUUAGAAUGUAGAGAGAAUUGAAAAGGACAUUGAUUGUACCUUGGACUGGUAGGUAUGUAAUAACUGCAUGUGGCAAUAGUUUGAAUUUUGUAAUGUGCUGCUCUUGGGACACAGUCUGGCUAGAAAUAAAAAGAUUUACAGUGACAUUUAGUACAGAAGGAAGAUAGAUUGGAUAUUCUGAUAUGUUUAACAUUUCCCACAUUCAGCAAGCAUGUAUAGGUUAAUUGUUAUUAUCCAUAAGUAAAUUCUUACAGGUACUUCUGUUUAAAUAGAUUGACUGUAAACAGGUUACUGAGGUUUUACAAUCGUGUCAGUAGUUACUAAUAGGUUACUAGUGUUAAAAAAAAGGGGUGGGGGUCUAAUUGAAUACACCACCUAUAUUAUCUGUGGGAUUUUUUUUUAAACAUAUGGCAGCAUUUAAGAAUGAAAUGCACUUUAAAAGAAAAAUGCAACUGAUGAUGUUUAGUUUUGUUUUCCUUUUUAUGUGAAAUUUCCAACAUUUACUUGUUGACUUUAUCAAGAUUCAAUAUUCAUAAAGUUUACCUCAGAUAUUCUUGAUUGACUAAUGCACUACUACUAAUGCUCUUCGUGAAUCCUGCAGUUAAUAAAUAAAAGGUUAGGGGUUUUUUUGGUUUAGUUUUUUUUAAGAAAGAAUUGUUGAAUGUGCAUGCAUGACAUCAUGGUUUACUUUAAAAGGGAAGCUGGAUUUACUGCAUUAUGGUUAGCUAUACUUCACUCUUUUUUAAAAAUCAAACCGAGCUUCUCACUGAGCUUCUCAGAAACAUGAGCAGAUGAUGCGUCAUGACUGAAUUACUCAAUUGUGCUGAACGUAUUGUAAAUGUGCAAAAUGUCCACAAAUGUGAAAUGCUCUUAUUACUGUUCUUAUUAAUGCCUCAUCAUGCUUAUUAUGGCAUGUUUGGAUAAAACACAAGGAUAUGUUUGAUUGUUAUAUGCUUGUUUGUUUUAUUUUUUGGGGGGAAAUUUCUUGGAACAGAAAUUGUAAAACUGCCAAAACAUACAUGUUGAACAAGGGCAGAAAUUAAUAUGCAUGUGUUAUGAGAACCUAAAAUAAAUUUUGAAUAGGCAAAGAUCUUGAGGCUGUUACAAGGAGGACCAACAUGAACUACAUGUUCAAAUAUCCCCAAUAUGUUUAAUUCUGUGGUCAUUAGUGCUCUUUUACAAGAUCACUUUAUAACUUUUGACAACUUAAAUAUUCAUAACUGGGAAUGUAUUUAUUAUAAAUGUGGAUAUGUACAUGACAUUCUCAUAUUAAUUCAAUGUUUUAUGAUUUUGGCUGGUGGGGUGAACCACUUAGAACGUUAAAUAUUCUUCACAUCUUAGCAGAUUCACACGCAUUUUUAAAAUUCAGUGUCCUUGCCCAGUUUUUUUUGUUGUUGUUGUUGUUUUGCUCUCAUUUGUGUGCUCAAGUUCAUUUGACUUAGACAGAAACUAGUUUCUUUAUUCAUAUGACAUGCCUGUGAAAUGUUUAAGUGUACAGAUUAUGUUUUUAAAAUAAAUUAAUCCUCAAUUAAAGAAUGAUUUAGCUGUCAA